AUGGUGCGGGCGACAGCAGCCCCGGCGGCGCAGCCGAACUUGGCGGUGGCUGCGGAGGUUCGGCUCGCCCUGCCCUGGCCUCGGACGACGAGCGCGGCGCGGCGCGGCGGCCAAGGGGGCGGGGGCGCGGGGCGCUUCCGACUCGCAGGAGCGCGAGGCGACCUCAGCCCCUCAUCUUUACGUAACCGGCAGCGCCUCCGCACGCAGCAUCCACGGCCCCGGGCUCCGCCGCGCUGCCGCCGCUCGCUCGCCGCCGCCCGCGCCCCGCGCCCGGCGCGAUCCCCCCGACGGGCGCGCCGGCCGCUCCGAGCCGGCUCCCUUGGAAAGGUGCCACACGUGGCGGCCGCAAGUUUAUGCGCUUGAAAACGCCCCCGAGGCGCUGGGAGAGGAAACUGCAAGAGAGGUACACGCCCUCGGCCGCCUCUACGUCGAACCGAAGCCGCGGGACAUUCAGCCGACCACCCGGGCGCGCGCGGCGAGGGCCGGACCGAGCGCGGGGUCUAAGAGACACUUUUCCCCCAGUCCGCGGACGCCUUCUGAGCCCCUGCUCUGGCCGGUCCGCACCGUUCCGGCAUUCUCUUGCUCAGUAACAAUUUCGCAGAAUCCCAUCACGUCACAAUCCAAACCCCCUCCAAUUGGCCAGCGGGGAGGGUGAUUCAACUCUGUUUACUUUCUCCCCCUGCCAGUCAGAACGGCCUUUCGGUGGAGAGGUGCGUCUAGAACUGAGGCGUGCGGCCAAUCCGACUGUUCCGUUCCGCUGCCUCGUGCUACCCCUCCAGCCUCGAACGCUGACAUUUAAAAGGGUAACAGCCGGGAGGCUGGAAGGGGGCCGCCGCUCCUCCUCGGGAGCGCCUCUCAAUCCCGGUGGCCUCCCCGGGCCUCCCGGCUCGAGGUCCAGCUGGCGGGGCCGGGGCCGUGGCGCACACCUUCCCUAGUCACUGGCGCUCGUCCUCGUGACAAAAGAAAACUUCAGGCUCGGUUUUCCAGCUCGCAAACAGUUAAGUGACUUCCUGCAAACGCUAGAGUCCCAGCAACCAGCCUUCCAAUCAAAAUUUCUUUGCAAGGUGGUUCUGGCUCAGAGUCUCUCUCUCUGUCAAAGCUGCAGUCAGGCAUUGUCUGGGGCUGUAGUCAUCUGAAGGCCGAAGGGAGGAUCUGCUUCUGAUUCAUGCACGUGGCUGUCGGCACACUUCAAAUCUGUUUCCAGAUUCACGCCCGUUGGCCUGUCUGCAAGGCUGCCCCAUGACAUGGCGGCUGGCUUCUCCUAGAGCAAGUGAACCGAGAGAGCACGAGAGAGAGCAUGUGACAAGGAAGCCACAGUCUUUGUAUAUCAUAAUCUUGGAACCAAUCACUCAUCCUUUCUGCUGUAUUCUAUUUUUUUUUUAAGUGAGUCACUAAAUCCAUCGAGGGGGAGUGAUUCAUCCUCAUUUGCCCAGGACUUUCCUACGUUAACGCUGAAAGUCCUGCAUCUUGGGAAUCCCCUCAGUCCGGGGCAAACCACAGUGACUGGUCACCCUGAAUCAAGGCUACACUCAAGGGGAGGGAAUUACACAAGGGUGUGAAUACCGAGUGUGGGGGAUCGCUGAGGGUCACCUUGGAGGCUGCCUGCCACAGCAACCUUUCUAAGAUUUGCUUUUCUUCAUUACUGAAAAAAUCAGGCCUGUGAGCCACUUUGUGAUUUAUAAAAUACACGUCUCAGUUUUUAAACGAUAUAAUGAAUCAUGUUAAAGUGAUUGAAUAAAUAGACAAAGCAACUUUAGAAACAGAAUUUUAUUUGAGGUGGGUUCAUGAGAUUUAUUAUAUCCAUUGUAUUUUUUAUUCUCCUAUCUAGUCAUUAUUUCAAAGCAAAUAUUGAAGUUGGCAAACCAGUUCUGUCUUUUGCUUUGAUUUCCAGAAUUUCUGGUUAGAUUUAUGACCUAAUUUUUAAGAAAAGUUAACUUCUGAACUAUAAAAGUAUCAUGUUUCAUUAUAGGCUGCAUGGAAUCUAGAGGAGUGAUAUGAAGCAAAAAGAAAAACAUCUGAAGAUUUUUGCUAAUUUCUGUACUUUGUGUGUAACCUGAAUAGUACAUUUUCUAUCUUUUCAAAAAUUCUUCAUCCAUGUGCUCCUUAGGGUUCAUAUUUUUCCAAUUAAGAGGAUGUACCCUGAUUUUCUU